AUGAACGAGCUAGAAGGUCUUUCACUGACGAUGCUUCUUGUCCCAAAUGUGGAGUUUCAAGAAACCACCCUUCACAUUUUGAGAGAUUGUCCAAUUGCGAAAAGCCUAUGGUCUCUUCUUCUCUCGCUCGCUGCAAUUGUAAGCUAUGGAAGAAUCGGAAUGCUCUCGUCGUUAACAAUGAUCAAGAAGAUGUUGCUGCCAACUUUGCCCGAAGCUCUCUGGGCAAAAUUCGCUCUUGAUUGUACGUCGCCUCCUCAAGCUCUCGCCUCUGAUGCUAGUCUCCCACUCUCUUGGCGUAAACCACCCACUGCUUGGUUUUGUCUAAACACUGAUGCUUCAGUCUCAACCUCCUCUGGCCUUGGGUUAAUAGGUGGAGUAAUCCGGGAUUACACAGGCAAUUGGAUGACUGGUUUUCACAAAUGCGUUGGGAUCACAAAUCCUCUGCAGGCAGAACUCUGGGGAGUGUUUACUGGCCUUCAAAUUGCAUGGAAUUAUGGAAUUAUGGGUUUUUAA